AUGUGCCAGAAACCCAGCGAGGCUUCUUCUCUUCUGUCCAAAACGUGGGAAGGAGGAGAUAAGCCCCGUUUGAAUCCGCUGGCCGAGCCUUACGCGCCACCUCACUUCGCUUUUCAGAAGCUCCGACUUCAUCAGUUCCAGCCUCCGCACUUGGUGUUCUCGGGCUGGGUGUCUCCUUCGCCUGUUCACUAUUAUCUGAACCCUCAACUCCACACGACCUUGCGCCCUCGACCCAUCAGAUACGGUGAGCAUGUGACCCCGAAAAGGCCCCACCCGGUCUUCGGUGGCGAUCUUGGGAAGAAGCUGCUCGGAAAAAUGGAGGUUCCAAGAACGCCCUUCUGCAAGGAGAGGAAGAGAAGCGGUGUGAGGAGCUUCAUGCCUCCUCGAUCGAUGAGAGAAAGACAGAGACAUGGAAAUCUGAUCAGCUCCUCCGGCGGGGGGAGAAAAUGGGUUCAGAAGCAACACGAUAGCUGCGACGAGAACAAACAUGAUUACGGUGAAGCUGUGCUUGGUAAGGCUUUGGUUGUUGCGGAGAACGCGACCGAUGACGAUGUUGCUCGCGAGGAUCCGGAAGUUGUACUCAACGGAAGUACGACGGUCAUGAUUCGGAACAUCCCUAAUCAGUUCAAGAGGAAAGAUUUGUUGUACAUUCUGGACAAGCAUUGCGAUGAAGCAAAUGCCAUGGCGGAUUCAAAGGAGGACCAAUACGAGUACGACUUCGUCUACGUCCCAGUAGACUUCAAAACCAAGGCCAACAAGGGUUAUGCGUUUGUGAACUUCACGAACCCGAUCGGGGCGUCGAGGUUGUACCAGGCUUACCACAACUUCAGGUGGGAGUGUCUCCCAAUCAAAAAUUUGAACUUCAGGAGCAAGAAAGUGUGCGAAAUCAGCCCUGCCAAGAUUCAGGGCAAGGUAGCGUUGGAGUGCACCUUCAAGAAUAGGGCCUUCCCGUGUAGGGAGUAUCAGCCAGUGGUUGCCACCGAAACGCCAGGCAAUGGCCGCCAGAAGAAUGGCGGCCUGCUCAUCGAAAUUGGCAAAUGUCCAGGUGCACCAUCAGCUCGAGAAACCAGAGCCGAAGCAACCAUGGUCAUAGCUGGGGAACAAUUUGGUGGGUGUGAUGAGGCCCGAUAA